AUGAUCAAUAAUUGUCUAUCAAUGGUCAUUCCAUCAACAACAACAAUCAUAGAUGACGAUAUUUCAAACAUUACAACAACAACAACAAUAACUUUUCCUACCACAAUAAUAAAUGAUACAAAAAUUAAUCAAACAGCAACACCAACACAUAUUUUACGUGUACGUAUACGUGUACACAAUUCCUUAAUUGAAACAUUAGUUCAUCAAAAGCAAUUAGAUUUAAUUGAAAUUCAAUUACAACAACGGCAUAUACCAUAUCGUCAAAUACAAGAUAAUAAAGAUGGUAUAACAAUUAUUAUUGGACCAUAUCAUAAAUCAAUAAAUUUUACAGCACCUAUGAUAAUAUUUAAUCAAUCACGGUUUCAUAGAAAUUUUACUAAAAUGAUAUCAAUUAAACAUUCAAUAAUUAAUGAAAAAAAUGAAACAAUUACAAAAAUUCAAUUAGAUGAAAAAAGAAUUCAACAAAAACAUUUUCCAAUAAGAGUUGAAGCACAUGAAUAUAAUCUUGUUCAAGAUCAAGAAUCAUCUGAAUUUCGUAAUUGUCUCGAAGCAUGUGAUAUUUAUCAAGGCAAUGAAUUAAAACCUAAUCAUAAUUGUAUCCGAAAAAAUUGUCUUAAAGAAAUUACAGGCAUUUAA